AUGACCUUUAUACGAAUUAUUGUACAAAGUAGUUCUCAACAAACCUCUCUAACAAUUCCUACUCACUAUCGACAAACACAACCUCAAAAUUUCAAUAGAUAUAUUGAUGAUGCAUAUAAUGCUGAAGUUGACCUUGACUCGAAUUAUACUAUAAAGAAGAUAUUUUAUCUCUU